AUGAAGUUCCUCUUGCUCGCUUGUCUACUGGUUACGAGCUUAUUAUUAUCCGUCACCGCGAAAACCGAGGUCGAGGAUGCCGAGGAGAAGCCGGAGAUUACGAAGUUGGAAGUAGUCGAUCUCGGCGAGGGCGAGGGCGACGUGGAUGACGCGGAAGAAGUUCAGAAAAAGAGGGAUUCGGGAUAUUCGUACAGGAGGCCGGCCAACCACGCUUCGAGAGCUCGUUUCCAAAUUGGGCAAUCAAGCGGCCACGGAGGGCGCAUAGUUAAUAGACAUCCCGGGCAAAUAAGUAGACCGGUUACGAAAUACGGUCCACCCGGUUAUCAGAACUCGUCCCCAACGAGGCUGACUUCGUUGCACGGUCAACAGAAUCGGGAUAAAUUGCAAUUCCACGGACAUUUCGGACAUUCGAGCAACUUCGAUGGCCGUCCAGGUGGGCUCCCGUUCGAGCAGGAAGUACCAAGUCCUAUCAGACAGGUCGAUUUCGUCGAACCGAAUCCGAUAUCGACGCAAAACGACGAGCCGUUUGCCGGCAAUUCGGCCAAUUACUUGCCUCCCCACAAUNNAAAGUUACCCGGCCCUUCCACGCCGCAGAUCUUCUCGCCCGUUCACCAGGGACAGCAACAACAAUUGGCGAAUUUUCAAAAUCGGGACGUCGCUCAACCGCAAGGACAUAUAUCAGACGCUGCCCUUUUCCUCUCUCAAAACGCUCAAGCCAUACAACAGCUUUACGGCGCCCCACCGAACGAGCAGGAUUUCGCGCCGAACGCCGAUCAAUUCCUAGGCCAGACGAAUCAAGUACAAAACCCGAACAGCCAGGUGCAAAAUUUCGAGGCGACCUCUCAAACCCCGCAAAACUUCCCGGGUCCCUUACCCUCGUACGCGUCUGGAACUCUUACCGCCCAAGAGACGUUGCAACAGAUACAAUCCCUCGAAAAGGAUAGGCUGAUCGCCCAGUUGCAGCACGCGCUCGCCACCCAGGCUCAGCACUCGCAAAACGUGGUGGACGUAGCUGGAAGGUACGCUCAAAAUCANCACCCCGUCGCUCCCCUUCACCCCGUCGCUCCCCUUCACCCCGUCGCACCCCUUCACCCGGUGCAACCGGUGCUCCCUCCUACGACCACCACACACGCGCAUCCCCCGUCGACCACCACGAAUCCCGGCUACGGGUUGCAAACGGCGGUAAUCAAUCCGCUUCUGUACAAGCCCAUCAAACCGGUCUAUCCGUUCUACUAUUACCAGAACGUCGCGUAUCAGGUACCGAAACCGGCGUUGCCCACUUAUCCGUGGAGCUACGCGCCGACCUAUGCUCAAGCGAAACCGACCCAAAUAUGGUAAAUGAAACGGCGCAUCCCGUUUUCCUAGCGGGUUAAUCGUGGUAGC